UAUGGAAGCAUUUUGUGUUAAUGAAAAUACUCCUUUAUUUGAUACCGAAAGUCUUAAAAAUGGAAAUUCAAGUACAAUACCGAGAGUUUCUGAAUGUUAUCAACAAACUACCCUUUAUGCUCUCCCUGCUUUUUUCUUGCUAAUUUUUUCACCUCUCGUUAUUUAUGAUUUUAAAAAAAGUACAAAAGGGCCGUUGUUAAGAAGAACACCGACAACUUUAAGAAUUUUUUUAUGUGGAUUUCUUCUUAUUAAUGUUCUCAUACAAAUUGUUUAUUUCUCUGCCACAUUUACUUGGAAUCAAAACUUAAAUUCUUCUUCGACUUCAAAUGGAGCAUUGCCAAUUGCUAAAUUUUUAGCGCUUCUUUUGUUGGAUAUUUCUUUAUUUUUGGCUCUUAUUUUGUUGUUGGGAUGUCGCCGUUUUGGACUAGCAACUUCUGGUGUAUUAUUUAAUUAUUGGCUUUUAUUGGCUGUUUGUGGAAUUCCUCGAUUUCGAGAAUCUGUUGAAUUGUGGUUUGGAGAAAAUGGAAGGGAUAAUAAGGAUUAUUUUGCCGCUUUACUUUUUAUUCUUUAUUAUGUUGUUGUUGUAAAAAUAUUGUUUAUUUCUUGCUUUGCGGACCAUUCUAGAACUGAUGAAAUUAAUUCAAAAACUUGUCCAGAACCUUCCGUUUCUUUUUUAAAUAGAAUUCUUUUUAUUUGGUUUGAUGGUAUUGCUCGGCUUGGAAAUAUGAGAGCUUUAGUUAUUGAUGAUUUAUGGAAUCUUCCUGAGCGUGAUAAAUCAAAACAUUUGACCAAAAAAUUUGAAAGGAUUCGAGAAAAACAAUUUAAAUUAAAAACUCCUCUUUUAAAGAAAAAUCAAAACGGAAUUGAAGAGACUGAAUUAUUGGAGACAAAUGGAUAUAAACCUGAAUAUUCUACAAAUAAAAAUGAAUUUAAAGAGAACUCUUCCCCUCCAUCGUUAAUUUGGGCUUUAUUCCUAACUUUUAAAUUUUCUUUGUUCGGUGCAAUAUUUUACAAAAUAAUUCACGAUUUAUUGCAAUUUGCACCUCCAAAAUUAUUGGAUUUACUUUUACAAUUUAUUGAAACGCCCGAAGCUAAUAUUUGGAAUGGAAUUGGAAUUGCUGUUUGCAUGUUUUUGUUAAAUUUUAUUCAAUCGAUGUUUAUUCAUCAAUAUUUCCAUAUAAUGUUUCGUAUUGGUAUGAAUGUUCGUUCAAUACUUACUUCCGCAAUUUAUAAAAAAGCUCUUCUACUUUCUAGUAAUGCACGUACUAAACGAACAAUUGGUGAAAUUGUUAAUUUAAUGACUGUUGACAUUCAAAGAUUUCAAGAUAUGGCUUCGUGGAUUAAUUUUAUGUGGUCAGCCCCCUUUCAAGUUUUGUUAUCUCUUUAUUUUCUCUUUCAACUUUUGGGUAUUUCUGUAUUGGCUGGACUUAUUUGUUUAAUUACUUUUAUUCCAAUAAAUGCAAAAUUAUCAUUAGCCAUGAGAAAAUAUCAACAAAAACAAAUGACAUUAAAAGAUGAAAGAUUGAAAUUAAUGAAUGAAAUAUUGAAUGGAAUAAAAGUAUUUAAACUUUAUGCUUGGGAAGAGAGUAUUGAGGAUAGGAUUCUUGGAAUCCGUAAAAAAGAAUUACAACUUCUUCGUCGUAUUGCUUACGUAAAUGCAAUUUCUUCAAUAACCUGGUCUUGUGCUCCAUUUUUGGUUGCUGUUUCAACAUUUUUUGCUUAUUUACUGUUAGAUCCAGCCAAUAAUGUUUUAACUCCGAGAAUUACUUUUGUUGCUUUAUCUUAUUUUAAUAUUCUUCGUUUUCCACUUGCAAUGUUUCCAAUGAUUGGUUCUCAAGCAGUUCAAUGUAAUGUUAGCAAUAAACGAUUGAAAACAUUUUUGGCUGAAGAUGAACUUGAACCUUUACCUUCAAACAAUUCUUUCGGAGAUUCUUCUCUUUCAAUUUCUUUGCGAAAUGCCAGUUUUUCUUGGAGUGAAGAAGAACCUUUAUUUUUAAAAAAUCUUAAUAUUGAAAUUAAACGAGGUUCUCUGGUUGCAGUCGUUGGAAGAAUUGGAUCAGGCAAAAGUAGUUUGUUGUCAGCAAUUCUUGGUGAAAUGUAUUGUAAAUCUGGAACUGUUGAAAUUGAUGGACAAAUUGCUUAUGUUCCUCAACAAGCUUGGAUACAAAACAUGUCUCUCAGAGAAAAUAUUCUUUUUGGAAAUACUUUGAAUAAACAAUUAUAUGACGUUGUUAUCGACGCAUGUUCUUUACAACAAGAUUUGGAUUCUCUUCCUGGGGGUGAUUCUAUAGAAAUUGGAGAAAAACAAAGAAUUAGUCUUGCAAGGGCUGCUUAUUUGGAUCGUGAUAUUUAUUUUUUAGACGACCCUUUAUCUGCUGUUGAUUCUCAUGUUGGCAAACAUAUUUUUGAUAAAUUAAUAGGAUCUAAAAACGGUUUAUUGAAAACAAAAACUCGUGUUCUUGUAACACAUGGUCUUUCUUUUCUUAAAUAUUGUGAUCAAAUUAUUGUUGUUAAAGAUGGACAAGUCACAGAAUCGGGGUCUUAUCACGAUUUACUCAAAUCCUCUGGCGAACUUUCUGAAAUUAUUGAGGAAUAUGUAUUGAAGCAGCAAUCUGCCACUGAUGUAAACGAAGAGCCAGACGAUGAAAUAAUGGAUGUUUUAGAUGAAUUGGAAAAAAUCCAUCCUGAAAAAUCACUUCCAAGAUUGUCUGCUAGAAGAGUAACUUCAGAAAGUGAAACUUCUGGUAAAGCAGUAAUGCCUCAACAAAAAGAGUCAACUACAACAAUUCCUCAAAAGAAGUUAAUAACAAAAAUAAUUGAAAAAGAGGAAGUAUUUACUGGCAAAGUUAAAUUCGGAGUCUAUUUGGAAUAUUUGCGAGCAGUUGGAUUGAUAUCUUUGACUUUCUUUCUUUGUAUUUAUUUGUUGUCAAGUUUACUUGGUAUUGCUACCAAUCUUUGGCUUGCUAAAUGGUCUGAUCAAGCAGAAAAGAUCCAAAAAGGAACUUCUUCUUUUUCUACUGAGACAAAAUCAAAUUUACUCAUUUACACUUCGCUUGGAAUAGCACAAGCAUUCACAGUUGCAUUUGGCUCAGUUAUUAUGUCCAUUGGAAUGAUAAAAGCAAGCCGAAAAUUACAUCAAACAAUGUUGAAGAGUGUACUUCGUUCUCCAAUGUCUUGGUUCGACAUCACUCCGCUUGGUCGAAUAAUGAAUCGAUUUGGAAAGGAUGUUGACAGUUUGGAUAGCGAAAUUCCUCGUUCGUUUACUUCAUUUCUCAGAACUUUACUUGCAUCAGCUGAAACGCUAGCAAUGAUUUCUUAUGCGACUCCUCAAUUUAUUUUGUGUGUUGCUCCCCUUGCCAUCUUUUAUGGAUUAGUGCUUCGUUAUUAUGUAAGUACCUCGCGUCAAUUAAAACGUCUAGAAUCAACAACUCGAUCACCAAUUUAUUCGCAUUUCCAGGCAAGAAACUUGACUAAUUAA